GAGCUAAUGCUAAUAGACGUCCUGGUCAAACGCGCGCGGAGACGUCAGGGAAACACGGGUAGAAAAAAAACCCUGAACCUUCGCCUGUUUCUCGCGAUCACCGUUGUCGAUAAAUAAUUCACAUUAAGUAAAUGCUAGUACUAAUGUGUGAUCUCUGGGUCCGGUCAUGCUGGAUGUAGGACGAGCACUAGGUUCGUAAAGAAGUUCCGGGUUAUCUUGGUGCUUCCGGUCCUGUUUUUUUCUUCCUUCAAAAUAAAAGUCUGCCAGGUUACCAUAGUCAGCCGUUCCGGACAGGACAAGUAGACACGAACUAUGAAAAUGAAGACCUCGAUCAAUUCUGAUCGCGUGGACCAAGUUGCACAGUGUAAAGCAAUAUAAAUAUUUCACUAGUGAUUAUUGUCACCUCUAACCCAGAGAGGGAGCUGACUCACUCCUGAUCCCUCAGAAGCCAUGACGUAACAACAUCCACGUCUCCCGGGAAAGAACAAACGAUGUUUCGCCUGGUGGUCGUUGUCGUCGGCCUCUGUUUCACGUCGGCGGCGGAUCGGACAGAACCAGCCGGGGGCUCCUGGUUCGUCGCCGCUGUGUACGAGCACAGCGUGGUCCUGAACCCGGAGCCUCGGACCCCCCUGUCCCGCCCCGCGGCCCUGCGGCACAUGCACGACAACCUGCGGGUCUUCGAGCAGCAGGCGGCUCUGGCCGCUCAGCAGGGUGCCCAGAUCCUGGUGUUUCCAGAAGAUGGCCUUCAGGGUUUUAACUUCAGCCGUUCUUCCAUCUCUGGCUACCUAGAAACCAUCCCUGACCCCCAGCAGGAGAGCUGGAACCCCUGCACAGAACCAGGCAAAUACAACAACACAGAGGUUCUCCAGAGCUUGAGCUGCAUGGCCCGUCGUUACAACCUCUACCUUGUGGCCAACAUGGCGGACCUGCAGCUCUGCCCGAAGACCGAACCCUCGUCCUGUCCAUCGGAUGGACGCUGGCAGUUCAAUACCAACGUGGUCUUCAGGUCAGAUGGCCUGCUGGUGGCGCGCUACCAUAAACACAACCUCUACUUCGAGGAGGCCUUCGACAAGCCGCCACGACCUGAGAUCACAACGUUUGAUACACCUUUUGCUGGAACAUUUGGUCUCAUCACUUGCUUUGACAUCCUAUUCCAGGAGCCCACACUUACUCUGUUGGAGAAGGGUGUCCGUCAGAUAAUCUUCCCCACAGCCUGGAUGAACCAGCUCCCUCUUCUGGACACCAUCCAGUUCCAGAAGGCUUUCAGCUCCGGCGCUAAUGUCACCCUGCUAGCGGCCAACAUUCGUAGUGACCGAUUGAUUAUGACGGGAAGUGGUAUCUACACCCCAACUUCUGCCACUUGCCACCACGCCCAGAGAGGAGACCCAGAAGAGGGCAGGCUGCUGGUAGCCAGGGUGCCGGUCUUAGACCCUCUGUGGAUGGAGCACAGAGUCCUCACGGAAGAGGAGAAGGCAGUAGCUUGGGGUCAGUCCACGUCAUCUGCAGCCUCCGGAUACUGUCACGAAGAGAACUGCUUUGAUGCUCCGCCUCCUGAAACCGCUUCUUCGGUUCUUCCCUCCUCCACCACCACCACCUUCAUCUCAUCCAUGAUGUACGACCCAUUCACCUUCGUCCUCCUGAACGAGACCGAGGGCAAAGUGAGGGUGUGUAAUGGCACCUUUUGCUGUCGCCUGCAGUACCGGCGGUUAGCGCCGGGAGGCAGCAAAGAGCUCUACGCAUUGGGAGCGUUUGCCGGAACGCACACUGUGAACGGACGUUACGCCUUGCAGGUGUGCGCACUUGUCCGCUGUGCAGGGUUGGAGGUCACUUCCUGUGGACAGGAGGUGGAAGAGGCAGAGUCCAAACUGGACUUCCUGUUAGAGGGACGGUUUGGGACCAGAUACGUGUACCCAUCGGUGUUGGUUAACAGGCUUGUCCUGGAGCAGCCGCAGCAUCUGGAAACAGCUGCCGAUGGAAGAGUGACAAUGAAACACUCAAAGAUGACGGCUGGGCUCGUCACUGCCUGUCUGUACGGACGAAUGUAUCACCUGGACCAGGAAUGAUCUGGUAACAGAGGGCUGCCAGGAGAAAAAUAUCGUUUUAAAACAAAUCUUCUGCUAUAGACAAGUUAGGGGUUGGACAUUUGUCUUCUGUCAAAUACAAUCGGCUAUGAAUCUAAAAACAUAA